AUGGCAGCCCUACCACAAUACGACUACAUCCUCGCCUUUGGCGUCCUCUUCGCUUUCCUCGACGCUUGGAACAUCGGCGCAAAUGAUGUCGCCAACUCGUUUGCGACUUCGGUGUCCUCCAGAUCGUUGACCAUGUUGCAAGCCAUGUGCAUUGCUACAGUUUGCGAAUUUGGAGGUGCCGUACUAGCUGGAUCUCGAGUUUCUGGAACCAUUAAGAACGAUGUCAUCCCUGCUGAAGCAUUCACGGAUCAGCCCUCCAUGUUGAUGUUAGCCAUGUGCUGUGCCCUUGUCGGAAGUUCUCUUUGGCUUACCCUUGCUACUAAAAUUGGUCUCCCUGUGUCGACAACUCACUCUAUCGUGGGAGGAAUUAUCGGCGUCGGCUUUGCGUCUCUUUCACCAGGUCAGGUUGACUGGUCGUGGGGUGGCGUUUCCCAAGUCUUUGCAGCCUGGGUCAUUGCACCCGGCAUAGCUGGCAUCUUCGGCGCGAUUGUAUUCUUAAUCACGAAGUAUGGUGUCCUGGAACGCAAGCGACCACUACACAAUGGUCUCAUGAUGAUUCCACUAUAUUUUGGAGUGACUGCUGGUGUCUUGACCAUGUCGAUCGUGUGGAAAGGAGCUGCAUCCCUCGAUCUUGACGAUUGGGGCGUUGCACCUACUGUUGGCACAAUUUUCGGUGUUGUUGGUGGUGUCAUUCUCCUGUAUGCGGUAUUCCUUCUUCCCUAUCUAUACCGACGUCUGGUCCUCGAGGAUUGGACUCUGAAAUCUUGGGAAGUUAUCAAGGGACCACUGCUUUGGAGGAGAGGUGCAGUGCCCCCUAUGCCUGAAGGACAACAGAAACAAAUCAUUCAGGACUAUUAUCGUGGCCAUGUUACCUCCAACACAAACCCUGUCGUCGCGAAUCAAAUUGCAGUUCAGCCUGGUGAGAGACGAUCCAGUGCAAAGAUAGACGUCCCUGGGUCAGAGAAAUUAAGAUCAGCAGACAGCUCCGAUAACAGCGACAUUGAAGCUUCCGAGCAGAGUCUGCCAGCGCUCACCAUAGAAGAGCAAGCCAAGCUUGUUGCCCGAGAGAACCCAUGGACAACACCAGCAGGCUUCUUCGCACGAGCCAAGUAUUACUUCUUCCGAGGUGUGAACCGGGACGUUGUCGCGGAACAAGGCGGCGCUGGCAUCAAACCUAAAGGAUUCGCUGCUUCCUUCCUGGCCAAGGACCUCACCAAGUAUCACCAGCAUGUCCCUGCGUAUGACAACAAGACCGAGCACUUGUACUCCUUCCUCCAAGUCAUGACAGCUGCAGUGGCCUCUUUCGGUCACGGAGCUAACGACGUCUCAAAUGCCAUGGGUCCUUUCGCCGCAAUCUACCAGAUUUGGCGGACCAACGAGACAUUGGACGACAGUGAGGUUCCCAUCUGGAUCCUUGCCUUUGGUGGUGCAGCUAUUUCGAUCGGUCUCUGGACAUAUGGUUACAACAUGAUGCGAAAUCUGGGCAACCGUUUGACCCUACACUCGCCAUCGCGAGGAUUUUCCAUGGAACUCGGUGCAGCCCUGACCGUGGUGAUUGCCACAAGGCUCGCUCUGCCAAUCUCCACGACUCAAUGCAUCACAGGAGCUACAGUCGGUGUGGCACUGUGCAGUGGCACAUGGAGAGCUGUGAACUGGAGGAUGAUUGCAUGGAUCUAUAUGGGCUGGAUCAUCACUCUUCCAGUCGCAGGAACCAUUUCAGGAUGUUUGUUGGGCAUCAUCAUUAAUGCACCAAGAUGGGGAGUUGUGGAUUAG